AUGGAGUUGCCCUUUCCCUUUGCCAGGCCUGCGAAUAUGCCUCUCAAGUCCUUCUCGGAGCAGUCGGAUGUCGUGAAUCAGCAGAUCAUCACGCAGGUCUUCCUGAACUGGCUGCCCCUGGAGAUGAAGCUUGAGAACUACAUGCGGCCCCUCUUCUCGGCAGUCGGAGGCGGUGAGUUGGAGUACGUCUUCGAGGACAAGGGCAUGUACUGGCGAGAUACAACGGAGAUCUACCUCCCCUAUCUGCCAUACUUCAGCAACUGCCGUGGCUUCGGACGCACAAUUCCGCGGGAGCCCCUGGCAUUUGAGAGCUCCUCAGGAGGAAGCACCAUGCAGUUUGCCCGAGAGGAUGGAGGCUUCAGGUUCAUGUCGGGGGGAGUCAAUGCCCACUUGCUGAGGCUGUGGGCGAUCACGGAACAGAACGGAGGCCGCUUCAAGACCACAAGGAUUUUCAAAGCUAUUGGCCCUCGGGCCAACUAA